UCUUCUGGGUUAGGCCACAUGUUUUCAUCAACAUCGCACCUGACAUCAUCCAAAGCAAUGCACCUGGGAUAACACUGCUUGCUAUGUUGGAUCCACCCUUGGCAAUCAACCAUGCAGCCAGCAUCCAUAGCUUCCAGCAGGGACAUGUGGUCAUGUGGCUGAUGGUCGUAAACCUUCCACCUCCAUGCAUAAAAGAACUUCUCUAUGGGGUUGAGAAAAGAAUUACGCUAUUUCUGGACAUAUAGUCAUCGUAGCUCCAUGACUGUCACUGUUCCUAUCAAAAGGAACAGUGCAGAGCUGCUUCAUCCGCACUCCGUGUUUGGACAAUGUCUAUGUAAUGGUUGUGAAGCUGAUGCUAUCAAUAUUGUCAAAUAUCUCAUGGUCCUCCUCAUAGUCUGAAUUUCAUGCAGUUUUAUUGCAUUACUGUAAGUCAGUGAUGUUUUUUCUCUUAAAUAUUUAAAGAUUUGUUCUCAUUUUAGAAGAAAUACAAUUUUUUUUCUAAAUUAAGAAGAAAAUUUGCAAGGGUUUGGCUAGUUUUUGGGUUUGGCAUUAGCUGCCUAUCUUUGUUCGCCCUCAGUCAUGGUUGAAUUAACAUAAAUGUUUUAGGAUUUUUCCACAAGGUGUUUUUUAACCUGUUCUGUGUUUGCUGCUAAAUGUCCUUUUACUUUUUGAUGGGGCAGUGGCAGUGCUGUUGACGAAUUUAAAGGAAGCAGUGUCCUGUCUAAUAACAAGCAUGUGAUCUCGGUCACUUUGGACGGAUAGUUAAAAGUUUGGGCAUGUUUCCAUCACUCUCUGUGUGCCUGUCGGAGAGUCCUCGCGCCAACAUACAGUGCUGUUGCGUGUCUCCGUACCGACGCAGACGGCGAAGUAUAAGUCAGCCUUGAGUCGUAGCAGAUGGCUGCUUAUACUGAGCCAGGAUCCUCUGGAGGUUUCUCCUAGUUAAAGGGAAUUUUCCUCUCCACUGUCACUACAUGCUUGCUUGGUAUGAGGAUUGCUGUAAAGUCACUGAUGUAACAAGUCAGUGACACGAUGCUGGGUUCCCAUAGAUAGAAAACUUUUAACCAGCUAGAAUGAUGAACAAAACUUGGUAUACUGUUUAAUACCAUCAAUUGUACUUUUUGCUUUGGAAAACAACUUGAGAUGACUUGUUGUGAAUUGGCGCUACAUAAAUAAACUCCAUUGAAUUGAAUAAAAAUAACAUUAUUUUUCUUUUGUGUUUCACCAAAAAAGGUUGGCUGGAACACAAUCGGACUUCCUGUUCAGUUCACACAGGUCAGCUGAGCUGCAGCCAAAAGGAUAAUUGCCAUCCAUCGAUAUUUGUUUUGAUCGUUUAACUUAAAUGGUAGUUUUUUUUCUCCCUUCGACAUCAUCUACUAUAAUAAUAUCAGCUUCUAUUGAAGAGGAGGUUAUUAGUGUAGUCAGUCCGUGGUGUGCACCUGCAGUAAAAAGCAGAAUGAGAAAAUUUGUCAGAAGAGAGAUAAAAAUCAAGUACAGCUGCUGAGGGGGAGGUAAGCGCUUCAGUCACUUCUCCACACUCCAACAAGCGGAUGCUUUUUACCUCUCUCUCUCUCACUUUCUGACUUCCCUCCUUCACCCACCGCCCAAACUGUUCAGAAGGAUCCAGAACAUUUAUCCCUAUCUAUCCGUGUCGUCCUAAUCUUCCAUGACCUGACCUGACUACCAGAGUUGUGCUGACUAAAGUUUAAUGAGUCGUUUUUCUGGUCUGACUUCGCAGUUGGGUGAAGGUUCAGAGGCAUCAGCCGACAUCCGUCUGUGAGAGAUUGGACUAACUGACAAGUUAGCCUUCUGAUUGGGUCGAGUGAUGAUUUGAGGAGAAGUGCUCGAGUCGAACCUGCUGCAGAGACCGAGUGGACGUGAGACGCGUCGAUAUGGCCUAAAGACCCAGGAGAUAACUUCCUUUGCUGGGGAACCGAGUCACACCAGAUCUAUCGGUAUUUGAUUAACUGAGGUCAUUCUGCAGAGGAGCUCUUCCACUGAUGGAGUUUCCAUGAAUCAGAUCUAAACCCAGCCUUAGCUACAGGCAUUCUACCAAGAAUCCCACACAGACGGAGAUAAUAACCAGCAAACAUGAAUGGGAUGACGGAUUUGUCUGUGAAAUGUGUCUUGGUUGGAGACAGUGCGGUGGGUAAGACGGCCCUGCUGGUCCGCUUCACCUCGGAGACCUUCCCAGACUCCUACAAGCCCACAGUGUUUGAUAACACAGGAGUGGAGGUGUUCAUGGAUGGGGUCCAGAUCAGCCUCGGCCUGUGGGACACGGCGGGCAACGAAAACUUAAGGCAGAUCCGACCCAGAUCGUAUCAACACGCUGACGUCGUCCUCAUCUGUUACUCUGUGGCUAACCCGAACUCUCUAGCCAACAUUCAGCGCAAGUGGAUUGCUGAGGUGAGAGAAAACCUACCCAAGGUGCCAGUGCUGGUGGUGGCCACGCAGACGGACCUUAGGGAGAUGGGAGUUCAUCGAGGUAGCUGCAUCACGCCGGUUGAGGGGAAGCGCGUGGCUCACGAAGUGCACGCCAAGGGCUACCUGGAGUGCUCAUCUUUGAGUAACCGCGGCGUGCAGCAGGUGUUUGAACACGCGGUGCGGACAGUUUUUAACAAACACAAGAAACAAGAAAGGAGACGCAUGUUCGGCAUCAACCAGUGCAAAAUCUUUUGACCUUUGACUUUGUUCGGUUUUCAUCGAUUUUGCAUCUUGGUGUCCUUUUCAGACUCAGUCGGACAUGGAGGCAUGCAAGCAGCCAGACCGGGUUCCACUUAUUUCACUUCAACACCAAACACACGAAACCCAAGCACAUAAUAAUAAAAAAAUACACCUAACUGAUUUUUUUGUUCCAGCGUAAAGAAGUGGACGUUCUUUGGAUUUUUUGAUACAAUGAUCCCAGAUAAACCUGAGACCCUUUAAAACAGUUUAUGUUUGAAUCCUGAUGUUACGACAAACCAAAGCAAACAUAAAAAAAAUCCUACAGCCUUGUAAUUUAAAUACAUGUUCAUGCAGUUUUACCAAAAUACUUUGUACAUGGGUUGUAUUCAUAAAGUUAAUGACAUUCUAAAUGUUUUCAUUUUUACAGAUAUCAAUAAAGUUAGGAAAAAAUAAAUGAAAGAGAAAGGUUAACUUGAAAACUUUUGAUUAACUUUGGAGUACAUCCUUUAAAAACUGUAAGAAAAUUUGUAUUAAAACGUAAUCUGUUCUAGGUCAGUGUGUUUCACAAAAAUCUGUGCAUUCUUUGUUUUUCAUCUAAUUUAUUAUACAUACAAUCCCUUUCAGACUCCCGUUUCUACACCUUACUUACCAGAAAACAUCGAGUAUUUCUAUUAAAAAUGUAAAGUCUUAUUUUAAAUAAAAAAUAGAAAACAAAAAGUGAGAUAAAACAAGCUGGAUUUAGUGCAUUAUUUACUUAUGAAAAUCAUGUAAACAUUUUAUUUUAGAAAAAAAACAGAAAAUAGUUUUAUUUUCUUGAACUAAUUGAAGUUAAACCUUCCAGUUUCUUUAUUUAUUCACAGAAAAGCUAAUGCAGCGAUAUUGGAUUUCAAUAUUAUAAGAAUGUUUGUUUCGGUACACUUUUGUGUCUACUGUUUACUUUUCACAGGAAAAAAUGCUGCAACUUAAUAUGUAUGAGUAGAUGUAAUGACAUUUGUUGUUCUUUUACUUCAUGUUUUUGGGCGCUUGUGCUGGAAUUUAAAUUAUUUGUGCAAUCUGCUCAGCGGUUAGCGCCUGGCUGUAUGUAGUGAGCUGAAUGAACUUUUGUGAAUCAUACACUUCACAACCAUUAAUUUAUAUAUUCUGCCUUUAACACUUGGUUUUGUUUUGCAGUGUAAUUACAUUUUUACAAUACUGUACAUAAUUAGUGUGUUUUUCAUCAAAUAUCCCCUUAUGUGUCUUAACAAGCUGUUGAGCCAUCACACGAAGAGUGAAAACAACCUGAUUUUGUAAAAAGCCUCUAAAUAAAUAUUUAAGUUGAAUUUUACUUCAUUCAAUCUGAAAUCAGUGAGAAGGCUUUAAUUAUUCCCGUUGAUCAGGCAAAACAAACAAAAAAGAUAUAAAGUAUUAUGAAUGUUUUACUUUUCCCCCAAGAAUUCAUGUAACCAUAUCUCUGAGUGUUAUGAAACAUAAUUAUGGAGAUUUUAUACUUCAA